CAGCCGAGGAGCCGCUGUCACUCACCAUCACAAGAUGCCGAUGUGUCACGCCCACGUUCAAUGGCUGGCGGUCUUCAUGCUGGUGGCGGUCUUCCGCACCGGACUCUGCGAUCAGGACCGCAGUCGCCGCGUGGUCGCGGAGCACCAGCUGAUGCACGACCGCGGCCGCAACAUCCAGACCCUCAAGCGGCUCAUCUGGCUGUCCGGGGCCACGGAGGGUCUGCACACCGCCCGGACCCGCUCGGCGGCCUCGGGCCCGGGACCCCGAAAGGCCCCCGCCCCCGAGCCGAACCGCAACGCGGCUCCGGACCUCGCCGUCGCCGUCGACGACUACCGGCCCGUUCUGGCGCGCGACCUCCUCAGAAACUUCUUCAACAGUCUUUUUGUGACGCACGUGGCCGAGCGAGAGCCUUAAACCCAUUAAUACGGUGACUAGCAAAAGUCUACACACCCCUGUUUGAAUGCCAGGUUUUUGUGAUUUUGUGAUUUAAAGUCCCUCAAAUUAAACCAAAUCAGGUUCAAAUGUUCUAGUAGGCUUUUCCUGACAUUUGUGAAGUCGCAAUGUGACAAGAUUUGCCAGAAAUGACCUAGUAGCCCUAGAUAGUUCCCUAAAAUGUCCACAAAAAAAAUCCCUCUAUCGUGAUUUGGGAGGAAGGCUUGAGUGAAUGAUUGCGAAUGCAGUAAGUGCAUCAUUCCUUACUCCCAAUUAGCAAACGCGGAGUCUGGUCGGAACGGCCACUUCCGCCCGAGAACUUGGAAGAUCGGAUGACGGCUUCUGGAGAAGUUGAGUAUUUGCAAAAACACCCUUGAAAUGUCCCAAACGCGUGCAGGAAAAUGGGGAUUAUUAUUAUUUUUUUCUUUCACAAAAACCUGGCAUGUACAGCGGAACACAUUUGACAUUCGUAACUGUGACUUGUUGUUCAUUUUCCAUGCACACAUGCGACGGCCUCAUGCUAAUUGUCUACAUUAGUUGAAAAAUACUCCCCCCAAAAGAACAUCCUUAAGUUAUUCAACGUUAACGAUGCGAUUAAAUUGAGGAAAGUGAAAAUAAAAUGGAAUUUUUGAAAACAAACGCAAAGGCUAAAGGUUCAACGUGUAUGCAUGUAAUGUAUUUUUGGGUCAGAAUUUGGCUGCGUGUGAAUUCUGUAAACAAGACCUUCCUUCUACGUGCAAAUAUGCCGUAAUUUGUCAUCUUUGACACACAAGAAAUACAUCGCCGAUAUUCGAGAACGAUAUACGACGUGAUGAUUAUGUAAGUCUCUGUCAAUGUCUUUGUGUCUCCAAAGUGUUCUCCGCCCAUCGACUGUCUGUCGUCGUACUCGAGCGGCUCCGACGACCGGAGGCAAAUUCCUCGUGUGUUUUUUGGACAUACUUGACAAAAUAAAGAUGAUUCUGAUUCUGA